GGUUGCUGAACAUUCCUCAACGAGCCUUGGUCACAAGAAUGGAUCUCAAAGAAAGAUAAGUGGGACCAUUCCAACAGAAACUAUUUUCAACCUCACAAAAACCCAGUGCCUGUUAGAGAACAAAAUGUCAUCACUACACAAGAAGAAGAAGAAGAAAGUAGAGAGCUAAAGAGCUAAUCUUAAUCAUGGUGGCAGCAGCAGCAGCUACAUCUUCUUCACAGCUUCUUCUUUCAAGCUCUCGUUCUCUUUCUCAUCUCUUCCCCUAUCAACCAUGUGGGUUUGACACCAAAGCCCUUGUCUCCUGUCCCAGCAACUGCAACAGCAUCGAUGUCAAGAGAAGGCAUGUGGGUGCUGCUGGUGUCAAGUGCAUGGCCGUUGGGACGGCGUCGGAGGCUGAAACCAAGAAGAAGAAAAGUGUGUUUGAGAUUCAAACACUCACGAACUGGUUGUUGAAGCAGGAACAAGCUGGUUUUAUUGAUGCAGAACUGACAAUUGUGCUUUCAAGCAUUUCCUUGGCUUGUAAGCAGAUUGCCUCAUUGGUUCAGAGAGCUAGCAUUUCUAGCUUGACUGGAGUUCAAGGUGCUGUCAAUGUUCAAGGGGAGGACCAAAAGAAGCUUGAUGUUGUUUCAAAUGAGGUGUUCUCUAAUUGCUUGAGAUCAAGUGGACGAACUGGGAUUAUAGCAUCAGAGGAGGAAGAUGUACCAGUGGCAGUUGAAGCGAGUUACUCUGGAAACUAUAUUGUGGUAUUUGAUCCACUUGAUGGAUCUUCCAACAUUGAUGCUGCUGUAUCCACUGGAUCCAUCUUUGGUAUUUACAGUCCUAACGAUGAGUGCCUAGCCGAUAUCAGUGAUGAUGCUAAUCUCGACUCAGCAGAACAAAGAUGUAUUGUAAACGUGUGCCAGCCAGGAAGUAACCUGCUUGCUGCUGGCUACUGCAUGUAUUCAAGCUCUGUGAUCUUUGUGUUAACUCUAGGAAAUGGUGUCUUUGCAUUCACCUUGGACCCCAUGUAUGGAGAGUUUGUUUUAACUCAAGAGAACAUCCAGAUACCAAAAUCUGGAAAAAUAUAUGCGUUUAAUGAAGGGAAUUACCAGCUUUGGGAUGACAAGUUGAGGAAGUACAUUGAUGAUCUUAAAGAUCCAGGUCCCAGUGGCAAGCCUUAUUCUGCUAGGUACAUUGGUAGCCUGGUUGGUGACUUCCAUCGGACCCUUCUGUAUGGUGGCAUUUAUGGGUACCCCAGAGACAAGAAGAGCAAGAAUGGGAAGCUGAGGCUCUUGUAUGAGUGUGCACCGAUGAGCUUCAUAGUGGAACAAGCUGGAGGGAAAGGAUCAGACGGCCAUCGAAGAGUACUUGACAUCCAACCAACUGAGAUACAUCAGCGAGUUCCACUCUUCAUUGGAAGUCAGGAGGAAGUGGAGAAAGUGGAGAAGUACUUAGCUUAACCGAAAUGUAAAUCAGAGAGUAAUUUUGUUCAUGGAAGUUUCUCAAGAGUUGUUAAAUUGAAGUUGAAAGAGCAGCAAUCACUUUUUACCUCUAUAUGUUACUUUUUGUUGCCAGGCAAGAAUACUUGUGUGUAUUCGUUGAAUACAGAAGCUAUAAAGCUAUAUACAAUUGGAUUUGUGGAA